AUGUCAGAGUCUUACCUGCAGGUUGGUGUCGAUGACGCCACGAGUAUGCUACUCUCUAUCAACAUCCACCGUGGCAUUUACAAAGUCAACCGUUUAGCACCUGGCGUAAAAGCAGCUCCCGGGGCAUUUCAACCACUGGUUGACACUAUGUUGGCAGGACUCAAGCACACCUGCGGGUACAUCGACGAUAUCGUCGUCGGUGGAGAAAAUAAGGAGGAACAUUGGCAUAACCUCAAAGCUCUUUUUCAACGGUUGAAGGAAUUCGGCUUCACCAUCCGUUUGGAAAAAUGUUCAUUCCAACGACAGCAGAUCAAGUAUUUGGGACAUUUGCUUGACCACCAUGGAAUUCGACCAGAUCCAGCCAAAAUAGAAGCAAUUAAGCUUAUGCCAGCGGUAACAACGGUAUCGGAAGUUAGAUCCUUUUUAGGGGCUAUUAAUUUUUAUGGUAAGUUUGUGCCAAAUAUGCGUGCAUUACGAUAUCCAUUGGGCAUGCUGUUAAAGACCGAAGCCAAAUUCAACUGGACGGCAGAGUGCCAGGCUGCGUUUGAUGAGUUCAAACAAAUCUUAUCAUCAGAUCUUCUCCUAACUCACUAUAAUCCAAAGUUGGAGAUUAUUGUUUCCGCAGAUGCCUCUUCUGUGGGCCUAGGCGCAACCAUCAGUCAUCGCUUUCCAGACGGGUCACUGAAGGUCAUCCAACAUGCUUCCAGAGCAUUGGCGCCAGCGGAACGCAACUAUAGUCAACCGGAUAGAGAAGGAUUGGCCAUUAUCUUCGCGGUUAGUAAAUUCCACCGCAUGAUAUUUGGUCGCAAGUUCCGGCUUCAGACCGAUCAUGCACCCCUGCUGCGAAUCUUCGGUUCAAAAAAGGGAAUCCCUGUAUACACUGCCAAUCGUUUACAACGAUGGGCCCUCAUGCUUUUAAUGUACGAUUUUGUAAUCGAGUAUGUGUCGACGGAUAAAUUCGGUCAUGCAGACAUUCUUUCUCGGCUAAUCAAUCACCAUGCCAGACCUGAGGAAGAUUACGUGAUAGCAGCUGUUACACUUGAAAACGAUAUCAACUCAGUGGCGUUUGAUUCGUUCACCAUCCUUCCUCUCAUUUUUAAGGAAGUACUGCAAAGUACUCGAACGGACCCGAUUCUUAGCAGAGUGUACAAGUUCGUUCAAGAAGGUUGGCCAAAAUUCUUGCCCAGCAGUGCUGAUCGUGAGUUGGCAAAAUUUUUCCACCAGCGUGAAUCAUUAACAACAGUGCAAGGAUGUAUACUUUAUGGUGAGCGGCUGGUAAUCCCGUUGCAACUACGGAAACGAUGUCUCACCCAGCUUCAUCAAGGUCAUCCUGGAAUCCAGCGGAUGAAGGCGGUUUCCCGAAGCUACGUAUAUUGGCCAGCUCUUGAUGUCGAAAUAGAGGGUUUCGUUAAAGCAUGCCCUCACUGCGCUUUGGUUGCUAAAUCACCGGCACAUGCGUCACCAGUACCAUGGCCAAAACCUAGUCGCCCAUGGCAAAGGGUACAUAUCGAUUAUGUCGGACCAAUAGACGGCGAGUAUUAUCUAUUAGCGGUGGAUUCGUAUUCCAAAUGGCCAGAAAUAAUUAAAACAGGACGCAUUACAGCCUCCGCUACCAUUGCCAUACUUCGGAAUGUUUUUGCACGACUAGGGAUGCCGGAGACAUUAGUGUCGGAUAACGGCACACAAUUUACGGGUGCUGAAAUUGCUGAAUUUUGCGGUGUAAACGGGAUUAACCACGUCACAACCGCCCCAUACCACCCACAGUCAAACGGCCAAGCGAAACGGUUCGUGGAUACUUUCAAGCGGGCCGUCAAAAAGAUACGAGAGGGAAGGCGUUCGAUGGAAGAAGCACUGGAUACAUUUCUUCUAACGUACCGGAGUACUCCAAACCGUUCUACACCAGAUGGGCUCUCACCUUCGGAAGUUUUAUUCGGACGACGUAUUCGAACAUCCUGCGAAUUACUGCGUCCACCACCGAAGCGAACACCAGAGUUAAGCGAGCAGGGUACAGCAGAUAGGCGAACCUUUCAGCGGAAUGAUUUCGUGUAUGCCAAGGUUUAUAAAAACAACGCUUGGAGUUGGGUACCUGGUACGAUUCUGGAAAAAGUAGAGAGCGUAAUGUUCAAUGUUUGGAUCCAAGACCGACGUCUAAUACGGUCGCAUCUGAAUCAACUUCGAAGCCGAUUACCAUCCAGUGCUGUACGAGACCAAGAAGUAAAGCAACCUUCGGCGAAUAAAUCGUUACCGUUAGACAUUUUACUUGAUGCUUGGGGCUUGCGAGGUUCAUCAUCUAUUCCAUUUUCAUCCAGUGGUCAGGAAUCUUUUGCGUCGCCCGAGUAUGACGUCACCUUCCAGGAACCAUCAAUAUCGCCACCGAUGGUGUCCCAUAACACGUCGACCAGCGCAGAGCAGUCGUCUUCGUCCACCACAUCGUCAUCUUCUAGCUUCGAAUCUGCAAAUGCCAGUACACCGACGGUCCAGUUACCUCGCCGCUCUUCACGUGUCAGAAGGGCUCAACCCAUACGAACGCAAUUAAGGGGGAGAUAUUGCAGCGACUGGAACCGAGCUGGGAACACGGUCUCGAUCAACCGAGUGCCUUUGCUCUUAUGCUGGGCUCGGUCAUGA